AUGUCCAGCUACGCGGACGAACUCCUCGAUGAUUUCGGGGACGACGUUGGCGAGGAACAGGGCAACGAUGACGACUUCUUCACAGACGAAGGACUCGCGAAUGGCGCGCAGGUCGAUACAGACAUGGUAGAAGCACGCGACGAGGGCGAUGGGAAUGAGGACGCAGACAUGAUCGAUGAAGAAGCUGCCGCAGCCGCUGAAGAUGAAGCCGAAGCCAAGGCCAAGAUCGAAAAGAUGAACCUGGGCGCUGUCCGUGACGUUCGCACUGUCGCAGGUCUCAUGCAGACGUUGAAGCCUGUUCUCGAGAAAAUCGCACAUUACGAAAAGCAGCCAGCACAGUCGGUCGACAGCGUGGGAAAUGUCGAAGACCAUCCCGAGUACCACCUGUUGACCCAGUCAAACAGCCUAUCAACUCAGAUCGACAAUGAGAUCGCGCUGGUACACAAGUUCAUCAGGGACCACUACUCGGUCCGGUUUCCAGAGCUCGAGACGCUCAUCACCAACCCGUUGGAAUACGCAAAGGUGGUUGCUUGCCUUGGAAAUGGGCCGAUGGACUCGGAUAGUAUCAAGGGGCUUCUAGAGUCAACGAACAACAUUUUAGGGGUCUCCCUCAAGAAGGUUCUCGACGGGCCCUCACUGAUGAUUGUCACAGUGGAGGCGACUACAUCCAAGGGACAGGCGAUGCCUGAAGAAGAGUUACAACGAGUUGUGCAGGCCUGCGAGAUGGUCAUCUCGCUCGAUGAAGCCAAGAAGACGCUGACCCAGUACGUGCAAUCACGCAUGAACAUCUUCGCGCCAAACUUGACAGCUCUCAUCGGCUCUCUUACUGCCGCACAACUUCUCAACCAAGCGGGUGGUCUCACCGGUCUCUCGAAAGCCCCAGCCUGCAACUUACCAGCCUGGGGUUCCAAGAAACAAAACAGCUCGGCCCUUGCCACGAACGUGGGCAUCCGCCAGCAAGGCUUCAUCUUCCAGGCACCCAUCAUCCGCGAGGUUCCCAGCGACCUCAAGAAACAAGCCAUGAAGAUGUUUGCCAACAAGAUCGUCAUGUGCGCCCGUACCGACUGCUUCCACCAGUUCCGCGACGGCUCCGAAGGCGAGCGUCUCCGAGACGAGUGCCUCGACCGUCUGGACAAACUCCAAGCCAAGCCCAAUGCUAAAGGCGCCCGUGCCCUCCCAGCACCAGACGACAAGCCCAGCAGGAAACGCGGUGGUCGCCGCGCCCGCAAAGCAAAGGAGGCGACCGCCAUGACAGAGCUACGCAAGGCCCAAAACCGCGUCGCCUUUGGCAAGGAAGAAAAAGAAGUUGGCUACGGCGUAGGAGACAGCACCAAAGGCUUGGGUAUGAUUGGUCAGCGAGACGACGGACGUCUCCGGGUCGCUCAGAUUGACCAGCGCACGAGGGCAAAGCUCAGCGCGAGGAGCAAAGGGUGGGGAGGGACGACUUCGAUUGGGGGUGCGUCGUCCUCGCUCAGGAGUUUGACUGGUGGCGGGGCGGGGAAUAUCAGUCUGGCGAGCAAAGGGCUGCGGACCUCGGGCGUUGGGACGAGUUUGGGGGGUGGCGCGACGGCGGGGACGGUUUCGUCGCUUGCGUUUACGCCUAUGCAAGGGUUGGAGCUUGUUGACCCGAAGGCGAUGGCGGAGAGCAGGAAGAGGAAGGCGGAGGAGGAGGAUAGGUGGUUUAAGGGGGGGACGUUUACGCAGAUUGGUGGGGGGAGUGGGGGUGGAGGGGGUGGGAGUGGUGUUUUUAAGAAGCCUGCGUUGCCGCCUGCUAAGAGGGUUGAUACGGGGUCUACAAAGUCUUGA